GUCUUCACAUUGCCUCUGCCUGGGUGUUCUUCCCGGUCGGGGCUUCUGCGAUGACCCGGGCUCCUGCACCAGGAGAUCCGCCAGGCAUACCGUACAGCACUCGUCAGCCAUAUUUCACUCCACCCGAGGAGCUCACUACCCAUGUUGGUGCUUGUUCUGAUGUUGCGCUUGGGGAACUUCAGGAAGAUGUUGAGGAUGGUUGCCUGCGGCACAUGCCAGUUGCCACCGACAAUGAACCCUGGGUCCCUGAGGUAAACUUGGGCGAGUGCGGUUCGGACUGGCUCGGGGUGUAUGUCUACACGCCACACUAUGCGAAUCAACAGGUCGCUGUGAAACUGACCGAGCCAACGAUGCAGGCAGUAGCCAAAGUUCUGCAUCUACAUGCACCAUCGACUGCUGGACCUAUUUUCGACACCAUUAUCCCUACGAGGCCUCAAAGGUUUGAAGGCUUUUUGUCAGUGCUUCGAUUUUCCAGCUCGAUUAGGUGCCCAGGUGUAGGCGGACAGGUAGCGAUCCUUUUCGACCUUACGCGGGUCGGAGGGAACUUCUUCGCCUGCAUCCUCCCUCGUGAGAUUCAUCUCAGUGCUCUGCUUGAGUAUGUGCGACCGCUUACCUCAUGCAGGGAUGAGACUUUAGAGGUUUUCGUAGGCUGCAGAUCCAGACCAUGGCCCUCUUGCGCAGUCGUAGACUUGCGUGAUGGGGACACGGUGACAGUGCUCCGACAGCCUGUCGAAACCUUUGCACGAAGACAGGCUGAGGCUUUGUUCUAUGAGGGAGCCUUUUGGGAUCAUCCGCACAACAUGUCCCGGCUGACGUACCAGGAAUCUAUUUGUGUGCUGUUCCGGAAUCGCAGGUUUUCACUACCGAUCCAGCACCGCACAGAUCAGAACCUUGUGGCCUACGUGUCCAGCUGCUUGCAGGUCGAUCCAAGCUGCACCUUGAUGUGUAGCUUUCCCAUCAAGGACCUAGACGUGCAAGGCGAACUAAGUACUUUUGUCGUUGCUGUAGCUGAAGUACCCUCGCCAGCUACGACAGGAAUCGACCGUAGCCACACUAGGGACUUGUUCGUCUUAAUUGACCCUCGGCCUCUAGGAGUGAAACCACACUUUCUACUCCUACACCACCCGUCAGUGCACUUACCUACAGUCAUAGCCCUCCUCGGACUCUCGACACCGGCGGCCAUGCGUGUUGGAGUGCAUGGAGGCGAACGCAAAGGGGAUGACAUUCAUGUUCGGGAGAAUGCUACCUUAAGACUUUUCGCUGAAGAACGUCCUGACACAACGACCUCAGAGGACACUUCUGAGUCGAGUUCUUCAGGGCAGGCUGAGGUUCAUUUCUCGCCUGAUGUCUCUCAUGCAUAUAGACAGGAGCACGGGCAGGCUCUUGAUGGUUGUUUGGAGGUUGAGUGUGAUCUUGCAGUUGGCUAUGCCAAUUGGGGAGAGCAGCCAGAUCCACCUCCCCUUUCCACCUCUCUCCUCGACUCCACACUGCCCGCUGGGCACAGUUGGAACAUUGGAGCAGAAGACUGCGAGCGUCCUGACCCGGAAGCUGAGGCAGAGCCUCCUGUUCUGGAAGAUCAGGAAAUGGAAGAAGAGGGACCGGCAGCAGCCCCCUCUCUCCUACUCAAUGCCUUAGUGUACAUUCCAGACUAUGUGCCUGAGGUUUUAGAGGUUCGGGUUGACUUGCCGAUAGGGAUCAGGGACUUCGUUGACGUUGUGCAGCAACUCAGGUUCGCCGACCAGGUCACAGGCUUCCCCGACCUUUGCCCAGAUACACCUCAGCCUCUCCGCGAAAUGGCAGUUUUUGUCGCGGCCCCUACCUGGUUGACUGACCUCGUAGUUGUGCUAAUGGAUUGCAGGCUCACGCAGUCCGGGUUCUUUGCUAGGACGAUCCCAAGUCGCCUUAAUCGCGAAUCCAUCCUGGUUGCAGCAGGUUUUAGACAUGAUGAUGCGAUUAGUGUGCACAUUGAGGGUCGAAUACGUCCGCUCGGAAUAGAUGAACGCGUUGCAUUGACCCAUGGGCACACCAUACACUUCGUGCCAAGGUACGGUGAUGUGCCCAGGUGCUUUGAGCUUGCAGACAUGCUGCUGUCACCACAAGGAUGGGACCCUGAGGCACCCAUGCCGGGGGUUCAAUCUCAUCUCAAUAGCCACUUCCUCAUCCUGUCAGAUGCGGGCCCUUUCACCCUGGCGAUCACGCCAAGGAGCUUUGUUGAUUUCAAGGGUGCUCUGGCCGAGGCAGUAGGUGUGGCAGAACAUCGGCUUUACACUAAGGUGUCUGUGCCUCAGAUCAAGGACUCCUAUCGUUUCGGGUUUUGGGCUUCAGGGGUGAUUGUUGCUACAGAUAGCUUGUCGAGCAUCCCAUGCCCUCCUGCUGUAAGACCCGAGACCCGUCGGAUCCUGACGCUUGAUCAGCGCCGCAUCCUAAGGGGAUUUGCGUGGCAAGCAGUUGAAGGUUGUUUCGUAGAUGUGCAGCUCCUGGCCGAUGCAUACUAUGGACUGUGCCCCCUGAGCCAUGUAGUUACCUUCAAGGGUGCUGCUGUAGAGUACCGUGAAGGGCAGCGGGUUUUCUCCAUCGUCAAUGGCCAAGUUAUUACGGUUGAGUUCACGAGGGAGCAAGAUACGCCAUCAUCGGAUGGAGACCAGCCGCCCAACCUGAGUCCUCCACCCGAUGCUUCGGAUCUGACAGGCGACAAUGAGUCCGGCACUGAACUUGGGAGUAGUGCCGAUAGAGGGCCACCGGAGGCCGCGCCGGGUCAACCUCUCCCCCAUCUCGGUGCUCGCAGUCGCUCGCCCCGACAACGUGCCAGCCCACAGGGGCUUCCUCUUGUAGAAAGACAGGCCGAGAGACACGUUAAGAGCAUUACCGCUGACCGUUUGCCAGCACACUUGCCGAAACCCUGUCUCGGAAGCCUCGGUGUGCAGAUAGACAAUCUUGGAUUUGCCAAGCUUGCUGGCGUUCACGUGAAUAAGUGGAGCCUCGCCAUGAUGGAACACGCCCAUGCUGUGGGCAGAUGGCCCAUUCUCAUCCAAGAGGAUGAGACAGACCCCAUGCAAACCGACACAGAAGAGAGGUUCAUGACAGACAUUUCUGUCUAUCUUCUGACACCUGAUUACAAGACAGAGCACCUCCCCCUAACCGUGCAGCUCCCGCAAACUGUGCAAGAGCUCGAGGAGCUUGUUCAGACAUGUCGUGAGGCAGAUCGCCGCGCUCUUUUCCCGACCCUCAUUGAAGUUAGCCCACAGCCUGAUCCUGGCUGGGGGAUCUUUCUGGCCGUUCCUGCAUGGAUCAACCAGAGAGUUGUCGUCUGUUGCGACCUUUCCUUCUUCGAUGGUCGGAUCAUCGCUGUCUGCGUUUCGCCUCUCACCGACUCUUUCAGCGGUGAAGUUUUCUUGCAGAGUGGAACAUGCAUAGCAUUUGUGCGAUCCGGUUGGGAGCACAGCCCAGUGUUUCCACAUGCCACUUUGGACAGCGAUGGCUACUGUGUAGCCAGCUCCACUGGUCAGUUUCUCUUCCGUUUGCUGGCGAGCAGAGACACCUUUGGUCGGCUUCCUGGAUUGCAGGCCUCUACUCAUAGGCUGGCAUACUGUCUUCCCGCAGCUCCCACCACAUUGGACCUGGACGUGCUGGAGUGCAGGCAGCUCACAAGUGGCCGGCGAUUCGUUCACACCAGUGUCACUGGAGUAGCUGUAGAAACUUGCCAUCGUGUUUUUCUCGCAUUGGCUUUCGCCACCUUUGUUCUUCCAGCAUUGCUUCAGUGUGACGUUGGCCUGAGCAUGCUAGCUUGUGGGUCCUUCCUGGUACAUCGACACCGAUUCCCUGCAGUGCUGCUCUACGCCCUUGCUUGCAGUAUUGCUACUGCAAGCGAUGCCGUCCUGGCGGUCCAGAUUGGCGCAAAUUACGAUGCACCCACUGGGGUUACGCAUGCCCGGGAUAUAGGCUCCGUUACGGACUCCCUUGUUACUCUUCUGGAAGAGAGUGCUUGGGGUGCAGACUCGAGAGCUUUCUUUGAAGCCAGCACUUUGCUUGAGGUCCUUUUAGAGCACUUCGUAGGCCCUGUGGUUGUAGGAGAAGGAGAAGACCAACCGCCCCCUACAGGGUCCUCCACUUUGCUCCUAUCCGAGCAUUUCCCUGGUCCUCCGUGCCAUGAUGUCUCUUCUGUGGCAUUACGAUUGGACACGUGCCUGGACCAGACGGUUUCAUGGUUUCAACAGGGCAGGAGCCCAUCCCACUGGCCGUCUGGGGCCUUUGAUGCCAUACAGGCUUUCACAGACGGGUCCUUUGAUGGCUCCAAAUGCUCCUUCGGAUGGAGUGAAGGCGAGACCAUGGCUCCAAUUUGCAGGGCAGCCAUGCAAGCUUUGCUUGCUGGCCGGCCAACGGUCAAGAGUCAGGUUAAACAUGUGAGGUCCCAUGAAGGCACACCCGCCAAUGAGCUGGCUGUCCGCGCAGGUGUACUUCCAUGGCUGUGGCUGCAAGUCGAGGCUACGCUCCGGCCAGAGCACUGGCCGGCACAGGAGGCCCCGUCUCCCGAAGAUCAGUCUGGCUUUACAGGGAGGGCCAGAUACCUGAGGGAGCAACUGCAGGCGAUGGGUGUGCAGGUGGCGGCCUUGCAGGAGGCAGGCACACAGGCCUUUUUUCAUCCGAAUGACUUCCUCACAGUAGCCAGUGGGCCCCGAGAACUCCUAGUCCGGUUCUCGCGUGCUGGGACUCAGAUCCUCUUCGUGUGCAUUCAUGCGCCGGUUGGGGGCAGCCCAGAACGGGAGAGAUGGUGGAAAGAGCUCAGACAUCGGAUUCGUCGUUUCAGCCGCAAUGCUCUGGUAUUUCUUGUUGGAGAUUUCAACACAGGUUUCCACUACACGAUACCCUCGCGUGUUGGGGAUCUUGUCUGGAGCUCAGCAUACGGUGCCCCUGCCGGCCUAGAGGGCAUCCUCGCUGAUCAGGACCUCUGGGUCCCAAGUACUUUUUCUCAAUGCCACACAGGCAGCCAUGAUACCUGGCUUUCACCCAGUGGCACUACUGGGGCUAGACUUGACUACUUUGCUGUGGAAACAUCCUGGCUCGUCCCAGAUGCCAAUUCUUGGGUUGACACUUCCCUUGACUGGGGACAGUCCAGGGUCGAUCACUUUGGCCUUGGGCUCGUAGCCUUUUUUCCCUUUAGGCUGGGCACAUGCCGAGAGCCUCAGACGGUCAAGUUCGACAGGGAGGCCCUACACACCGAGGAGGCAGAGGACGUAUGGAUACGACACUUUGCUGGCAUUGAGGAUGGGGAAAAGAUUGACCCCCUACAGCUUGUUGAGGCUUGCCACCUUUUUCAGUCGGAAAAGGACCUUGAUGCCUAUGAGCUCACGACUGGUAGCCUGCCCACACGGACGGAACUCGAGCAGUCCCUCCGCAGCACACAGACUAAUCGAGCGAUUGGCCUCGACAAGGUGCCAGGCGAACUCCUACACUUCGCAGCUGGGCAGGUUUCUGCUGCCCUUUUCCAGUUAUUCCUCAAAGUGUCCAUGAGGGCAGCCGAACCUAUUCAAUUCAAAGGCGGAGCUCUCUUCGCCAUCUGGAAAGGGAAAAGAAAGUCCUUUCAUAGAGUAGCCAGACAACAGGCGAUCCCCGCACUGCAGAACAUCGCUUCAGAGAUGCAGAUUGGAGGAUUGCCCCACUUCCCUGUCACCAUGGCAUCCCACUUCGUCCGUGCCUUUCAGGAAGGUUGUGCACAGCGCAAAGGCAGCUACGGCCUCCUCUUCCUUGAUUUGCGCGAAGCAUUUUACCGAGUCGUGCGCCCCCUGCUCACGGGCGCCUCCUUUUGCGAUGAGGCUGUCGCGCAGGUCGUGCGGAGUGUGAGGCUUCCGCCUGGCAUUAUGCACGAGCUUCAUGAGCACCUGCACGGCACUCCCCUGCCGGAGGAUGCCGGGGCAACAGACUGGGCAUCAGCACAGGACAUUCGUCGAGAGGUCAGGCAGACGGGGCAUCUGCCAACAGUGCCUUGGUCCGCGGAGAUGGUACGCAGCCUCCAAGAGGUCGAUACAGGCCUUCGAACCAAGGAGGCCCUUGACGCGACUUGGAUGGAUGACGCCACUUUCCUGGUGGUGGCGGAUACCGCUGCCGACCUGCCUGGGGCUAUGGCCAUCACAGGCAAGGCCGUAUUGGAUGCCUGUGUGUCACGCGCGCUCCUCCCCAAUUUAGACAGGGGCAAAACUGAACUCAUUGCGCAUGUAGUUGGUGCUGGGUCACGCGGUGUGCGCAAAGAUCUGUUUUCCCUGCCGGAUGCUUCAUUGGCGAUUCCGUGCAAGCUGUGGGAUGGAGCACACAUCCGCCUUGUUCCCACUUACCAACACCUUGGUGGUUUUAUCCACCAUGACAAAGCCAUUUUAUACGAGUCUUUGAUCCUUUCCAUUCUCCUUCAUGGGGCCCACUUCGGAAUGGCUUUCUUUAUGGUGCGGUUGGCCCUUCGACUCUGGCUCUCUGGAGUACCGACGGCCUUCUUCUUCCCCAGAGGAGCCGACUGGGAGCAAUUGCCCGUUUCACCUUUCUAA